AAGCUAGCCGAGCGCGAGCGCGGGACGGUCGACUGCGAGGGGCCGGCAGAGCAACGGAGUAACCAUGACGUCCUUAAUCAGAAAGGUGAUCAGCACCACGAAGGCCCCAGCGGCCAUUGGUCCCUACAGUCAAGCUGUGUUAGUCGACAGGACCAUCUACAUUUCAGGACAGCUGGGCAUGGACCCCUCCAGUGGACAGCUUGUGCCAGGAGGGGUGAAAGAAGAAGCUAAACAAGCUCUUACAAACAUGGGUGAAAUUCUGAAAGCUGCCGGCUGUGACUUCAGUAACGUGGUCAAAACAACUGUUUUGCUGGCUGACAUAAAUGACUUCACUACUGUCAAUGAAAUCUACAAACAGUAUUUCAAGAGUAAUUUUCCUGCGAGAGCUGCUUACCAGGUUGCUGCUUUGCCUAAAGGAGGUCGUGUUGAGAUUGAAGCAGUAGCUGUCCAAGGCCCCCUCUCAACAGCAUCACUCUAAGUGAGCCUGGUGUUCUUUAGCCUGGAAUUUUAAUGCUGUUUUUAAAUUAACAUCUUAAUUUUUAUAAUCAGUGCUGGAAAUUGUAAGACUCACUAAAAUAUCUGAAGUAUUAUGGAAAUACCAUAUAAUAAGGGCAAUUGAACAUGAAUUGAAAGUGAGAUGAUGAAUCCAAUUACUGAUGUGAUAGAUUCACUUAUGCACAUUCAUUACUGGAUGUGGGAAAGAGGAGUUUACCUGAUUCAGUUAAAUCCUUUUAAUUUAAUGUUGUGCAAUGUUUAAUUCUCAUGUCAGAUGUACGAUUCUGCUUUUACUGGAGUAAAACUAAGGAUGUAGGUUUGAAUGGUAGAGGAAGAGAAGAAAGUGGACCAAAAUUCUGUAUGCUAAUGUUUUCUAAUGGAAAUAAAAUACACGCAGAUCUCC